GGAGGAGCGGGCAGGAGGCGGAUCCCGAGGCGCUCUGCCUGCGCUGCUCUAAGGAGAGCCUGCGGGAGUGGGGGGCCUUGCUACUUUGUAUCCUUAGCUGAGGUUCUCCCGGGGUCACCGAGGGAACGUUUGCAACAAAUACUGCAACAAAGUUUCUCUGCUCAAAUCCUGCGGGCGAGCGGGCGAGCAGAAUCUUGCAAGCCCGGCGUACGGCGGCCGCCCCCAUGGCUCCUCCCAAGAAAGGCGAGCUGACCCAGGAAGAGAAGGAGCUGCUGGAAGUCAUCGGGCAAGGAAAUGUCCAAGAGGCCGGCCGACUGUUGGGAAGCAAGAAUGUUCGUGUCAACUGUUUGGAUGAGCACGGGAUGACGCCGCUCAUGCACGCAGCGUACAAAGGGAAAAUCGACAUGUGUCGGAUGCUCCUGAGGCACGGGGCUAACGUGAACUGCAACGAACACGAACACGGCUACACGGCCCUCAUGUUCGCCGGGCUUUCUGGAAAUAAAGAGAUUACGCGGGUAAUGUUGGAAGCUGGCGCGGACACGGACGUCGUGAACUCGGUUGGCAGGACAGCAGCACAGAUGGCAGCCUUUGUGGGCCAGCACGACUGCGUGACGGUGAUUAACAACUUCUGCCCUCGGGAGAGACUGGAUUACUACACCAAGCCCCAGGGACUGGAGAAGGAGCCCAGGCUGCCCCCCAAGCUGGCGGGGCCCCUGCACAAGAUGGUCACCACCACCAAUCUCCAUCCUGUCAAGAUCGUGACGCUCGUAAAAGAGAACCCUCUGCUGGCGGAGGUGGACGCCCUGAAGAAGUGCGCGCGCGUGAUGGAGCUGAUCUGCGAGAAGUGCAUGAAGCAGCGGGACAUGAACGAGGUCCUGGCCAUGAAGAUGCACUACCUCAGCUGCGUCUUCCAGAAGUGCGCCAAGUUCCUGUCGGAGCGGGAGGACAAACUGGACGGCUUCAUCAAAAGUUUGUUAAAAGGCCGCGAGUCGGACGGCUUUCCCGUCUACCAGGAGAAGUUCAUUCGCGAGUGCAUCCGCAAGUUCCCUUACUGCGAGACCACCCUCCUCCAGCAGCUCGUCAGGAGCAUCGCCCCCGUCGAGAUUGGCUCCGACCCCACGGCCUUCUCCGUGCUCACUCAAGCCAUCACUGGUCAAGUAGGAUUCGUGGACGUCGAGUUCUGCACCACGUGUGGAGAAAAGGGAGCAGACAAGAGGUGUUCGGUGUGUAAAAUGGUCAUUUAUUGCAACCAGAAUUGCCAGAAGAUCCAUUGGUUCACUCAUAAAAAAGUCUGUAAGGAGCUGAAGGCCGCAUAUGAGAAACAAGAGCUAGAAGCCGCCAAAGAGAAGAAGAGGCAAGAAGAAAGACAGAAAAUAGAAAAAGAGCCGGAGGUGGAUUCGAAUUCUAAUGAGGAGCAGCCAGAACCUGACCCCGGAGUUACCGGAGACGAGCCUGCAGAUGUGGCCCAGGAGGAAAAGGCAGAGGCCCUCCCAGCAGCCUCGGAGGCAGACGGCGCCGCGGGCCUCCAGGACACGGCAGGGAGGGUGAGGGAGCCAGAAGAGUAGGGCCCGUGGGGUCUGUGGCUCUCCAGGAGACAAGGCAAACAGCCCAGGCCCCCUCCUCAUCGAGGUGUGAGGCGGCAGAGGGCUGUCCCCCAUUAUUCACAGCCACGCUUUCUUGGCUCUGUGCCCUCCCCUCGCUGCAGGGCGUGCGCUCCCUCGCCCCUUCUUGUCUCCUGUGGCCCCCAGCACUGGGGACCUGCCAUCACGCUGGAGGGCGCCGCUCUCAGAGUUCCCAUCAGGCACCCCUGGCUCUCGCCCCGCGACUGGCCCGCCUCUGCAGUCCCCCUUAGCUAUCACGCUUAUGGCUUUUCCUCCUUGUCCCUGGCUGGCAGAAUGUUCCAGCCUCUUCCCGCCUGGCAGAGUGUCUCGGGUCAGCCCCAGCACAAGCGGGCAGGGCCAGCCAUGGCGUGCCCCCGUUCUGGGGGAGGAAGGGGAGCUCCUCUCAGGGUAUUCCCAAGGAGGGAAGCUCACAAACGCUUGGGGGGAAAAGUCGCAGACUUGGCUAUUACUGGUAGGGCAGCCAGUCAACAGACAAGAAGUCCCUUCUCUGGGUCCAGCCCCUUGUUAAGCCCUGGGGACCCAGUACAAAGACAGAGGCCGUUAAGUGGGCAGCGGUCACCUGACUGUCAGCAUGGACUGAAAGUCUCCUCUCUAGGAAGGGAGAACAUGCAGGGUCUUUCUAGAGCCCUUGAUCCAGUUAAGAGACGGGAACCCAGAGGCUUUAGUCACUACCACAGAGCCCAUGAUCUGGAGAGCGUGGCCCUUCACGUUGGAUGUGUCUGGUUCGUGGCCCAUAUUCCCUGUUAAUGGCUGCCCUCCAUCUUUGAAAGUGUCUUCUGUGCACACGUCGACAGUUUAGGAGACUCCCUCAAAGACCUGCUGCCCGAAGGAGCCCCCAGGAGAGGCUCCCACAAGGAUGGAGCCUGAAGCCGGGCGCCACGGCCCAGGGGAUGGCGUGUGCCCCCUGAUGGCGUCCCAGCCCGAAUGGCGACGGCGCUGGAGGCGACGAGGGGCUCCCGGCACUCCUGCUGGCCGGGGUGCUGGAACGGCUCCGAGCUCCCCACCUUCCUGAAGCCCCCGGAUCUUCCUCUAACUCCCAGCAUCUCCCAGGAGUGUUUUUUGAGAAUGGAAGGAAGCCUCCCUAUCUCCUUUCCCCCAAGCAGCCCCUCCCAGGCUGGCCAUGGCGCUCCAUCCCACUCGGGGCGAGAGCUUUGUUUUAACUACUUGGAAGCAGGAAAGGCAAUGGCGAGACGGGCUGGCUCGUGCCUCACAUGGGCCGGCGUCUCCCUCGUCCAGGAGCCGGGAGCUCUGCCCAGCUGCUGUCUGCAGGGCUGUCAAAGCCCAAGGGAGGAGAGCAGAGGGCGCCCGACGUGAGGACGGGAUUAGGGAGGCCCAGAGACGAGAGCCGGCUCAGGAGCCCCAGGGCAGGGGGACUGAGGGUCCCUGGAGUUGGCCCGAGUCUCUGGGACAGCAGAACCACCCUGCAAUUGGGAGACGCACCGCCUGGCUCCGAUGCCUUCGCUCUGUGACCUUGCCAAGUCAUUUUCCCCGUGAGACACUUUCCUCAUCCAAAAAUGGAGGUUAGAGUGUUGGUCCGGUGUUCCUUUGAGCUCUUUCCCCACUUUGCUCCUGGCAGAAUGUUUCAGCCACUUCCCAGCUGGCAGAGUAUCUCGGGUCAGCCCCAGCACAAGCGGGCAGGGCCGGCCGUGGCGUGCCCCCGUUCUGAGGGAGGAAGGGGAUCUCCUCGCAGGGUAUUCCCAAGGAGGGAAGCUCGCAAACAAUGGGGGGUGAGGGGGACCGCUGCCUCGGGGUCCCGUCCCCAAGUGUGAUUGCAAGUGCUGGGUGGGGGGAGGGAAAGGUACAUGUCCAAGAACACUCAGUGACUCUCCCUUCCUGGAGAGGAAGGUCAUUGUGAGGAGUUGUGCUCAUGGCCAGGAGUGCAGUGACCACUACCCAGAGUUGUCCUUGUGGCCGGGAGGCAACCACCACGAGUGCACUGGCCCCUACCUGUGCUUGGAGCUCGUCUUCCCUGCAGGCCUGCAGUCCCCCAGAGGGAAGCCCAGCCAGCAGGAAUCCGUUCACCUGGCUUGUGUCCUGCCCUGUCUGUUUUAGGGAUAGUUCGUGGGAUUUCUUUGCAGGCCAACCUGAAAUCCUUCACCUUCCCUUCCUCGGAAAUGUCCUCCAGAGUUGUGACUGGGUUCCCAGCCUUGUCCGGUGUGUGUGCAUGGGGGGAGGGGGUCCGUGGAGCCAUCCGUGCAAUGUCCCGUUCAGAAGGCCCCGGGCGUAGCUGCCAUUGGAAGCUGGCUGACCUAGAACGUGCCCCAUCCUUCUGUCUCGGGAGAAUCCAAAUAAACCUGCUGCCUCAUCCAAA